AUGGAGCAACCACCAGGGAGCUUAGAUGAUCUGCAACCUCAGGACCUAUCCACCUCAAGCAUCCGCAGCGUGGUUGACCUGACCAAGAAAGCUAGUCAGAAUGUCAUGUCCUGCAACGUCCAGCGCCUGAUCCACAUGCCAGACUGGCACCCAAACUCUGGAUUGCUAGAGACUACAUCCUCUAAUGCCUCGCACCAAUCAGUUGAUCAAAUUCAACCCGACAAUGCCUUGUCCCACACUACAGUAACCCUAUCCUACGUGAGCAGGUCUCACAUUUACUCAUCAUCUCAGCCUCUAACCGGUUUGCAGCCUAUCCGCAAAUUCUCCCUCAUCCCUUCUUGUGAGGCUGAAACCGCCUAUACACUGAACCAGCAUUACUUGGAACCUAUCGGCAAACCAGUGGACCUCGCUACCAAGUCUUUUCAUUCAUUGUCUAAACCCCCAGAGAUCGAUGUGGUAUAUCUACCGCAGCAGCUUUGCGAGUUAAACGGGGCUGUAAAUUUAAGCACGACGAUCAGAGAAGAACACAGCGAACGGUUGGAGAACGGGCAACAUGACAGCUGCUCAAGUUCAGUUGUGGCAACUGAAAUGUCUCCAGAGACUCCCAUGACUGUCCUAAGCAACGAUGAGAGCGGGGGAAGCUCUGAGACACCGCCACAAAUCUUUAAAAAUGAAGAGCAAGUGGUAGCCGAGAACAAAAUGGCUGCAAUAGAGCUGUGCUCACUGACUAAGGACUAUAAAAGCCCUCUAGAGGACCCCGUCUCGCCCUCUGCUACCUCAGUUGAAGAUGUGUUCAUGCUGCCCCUGACCUCCAGCUCACCAAGCGGGGAAAACUCUUUUCGAGUAGACGCGGUUGCAUGGGAUGAAGGAGCCGUUGAGCUCCGGUCAGGCAUUGACAACGCUGCUAAAAGUUUCGAUUCAAGCGAUGAAAACGGACAGAAAACAGAACGCGUGAAAAAAACUGAGCUAACCCCUGUAAUUGACUUGACAGAGGAUGGAUGUCUGUCAAGAAUUUCAGAGGACAAACCCAAAACUGUCACCCCACCUCACGAAAACGGCAACGUCAGCCCAAUCCAAACAACUCUACAGGAAAGGAAACUACCUUUCCGUUCUAAUCGAGGCGUUCGCUUAGAAUCGUUCAUUAUGAAUCUCAGUUCAACCAGUUAUAAAGUAUCCGGAUGCAUUAAUGCCAACAUAGACGUUUCCAAAAUGGCAACUUGGGAUUCUUAUGCAACAAACCUAAAGAGGAAUGUCAGGAAAAGUAAAGCGAAACAAAAAGCAGUAAGCCACUGUAAAAAAGGUCAAACGAAUAGCAUUAAAACUAAUCAUUGCCAAAGCACUACCUCGAAUCGUGUUAAUAAUUCUAGAAAAUCAAAUCGCAAAAGCCCGAAGUUUACAAAGAGUACACUAGAGGACACUUCCCGCCUUGGACAUUUGACGAGCCCAGUCAAGUCAAACAGAAAGCACUGUUUGGCAUCGAGUCUUCGGUCAAACAGCUCCAAAAAACUUGUACAAUCUAAGUUGGAAAAAAAUCAAGCCACCCCACCAGCAUGUAAAGUUUCUCCAAAAAGCCAACGUUCAGCUGCAAAGACCAAGGUAGCGCCCACUCCCAAGAAGCGACGAAAGAAGCAUAAACCGAAACCGUUUUCUUCCAUCUUUGCUCCCAAGGAGCCAGAGAUUAAAUUAAAGUAUAUUCAUUACAGGGAGGAGAGAAAGGACUUUCGGUAUGAUAAUUUCUCCCCUUUUAUCCGCGUUCAUCGGAAACGUUCAUCGACGUCGCUGUGUUCAGUCGUGAAUUACCCAGAAGAGGGCAAGACGCCGCAGAACAGGGCGCAGCGAGAACUGACGGAUAAUAGCGGUAACUUUAUUUCUGAAACUGUACCCAGCAGUUCUUGUCUCCACCUGGGACGUAGGUCAACUCAGGGUCAACACCGGGACUCCCUCGUCUGUUGCCUGUGUGGACUCUCUGCCAAUGCGAUGGACUUGGGGGAUCUCCACGGUCCCUAUUACCCUGCAGGGUACAAGCCGAGCACUAAGGAAUCUGCAUGUUCGCCCACCCUUAAAGGUGACACGGAUUGCGACAGUGAUUCUUCGAGCUGUAGCGACGCGGGCAGGAGGAGAAAACGUGCAUUUGUACCUUCGUCCUGGAGCCAUAAACCGGCGAAUCAGCGGUGGCAGAAGAGCUACCCGUUAAGCCGCCACAGGACCGCGGACAACACGGGCAGCCCCGCAGCAAAACGCGCUUGUUCAGAAAUGUGGAAUACAGAUGGUGAGGACUGGUACAGCCCUCCGGUGUUGCCCCUUGAUUCCUGUGAGUACUGGCUGCACGAGGACUGCGGCAUCUGGUCAGCAGGCGUGUUCUUGGUGAAGGGCAGAAUCUAUGGCUUGGUGGAAUCUGUCAAAGUGGCCCAGGAGAUGAUGUGCUCGGCAUGCUCUGCCCCUGGUGCGACGCUAGGCUGCUUCUUCAAAGGUUGUCCCAGCAAAUACCACUACAGGUGUGCUCUGGAGGCAGAUUGUGUCCUCAUCGAGGAAAACUUCUCCAUGAAGUGCAAAAAGCACAAGAACAAGACAUUUAAAGCCCCAGUGGGGAUGCACAAGGAUCCCAGUGGAAAGAGGCCUUCUUGGAGCUACAGUGACAUUGGCCUGCCAAUUCACGCGGAGGUUGGCUCACCCUCUCAACUGUGGACCGCCACCGUUGCUCUCCACGACUAG